AUGUCGCUCAACGCAUCAACAGACUCCUGGGUCCGCUCCUACGAGCACCUGCAGCACCUCCCGCGCGCGGACGAGGCGCUCAACCUGCUCAAGCGCAUCUCGUCGCUCGUGAAGCCCAUCAUGCGCAAGCACGCGUGGAUGCUGCCUACGCUCGCCGAGUUUUUUCCCGAUCAGGCUAAUUUGCUCGGCAUGAACGUCAACGGCGGACAGAAGAUCCUCAUCAGACUACGCCCGCACUACGACAGCUCGGCGUUCAUACCCGAAGAAGACCUCCUCGGCACGAUGCUCCACGAGCUAACGCACAACGUCCACGGCCCGCACGACGCGCACUUCUACACCUUCCUCGAUCAGCUCCAGGACGAGCUGUACGAGCUCCGCCGGCGGGGGUACGCCGGCGAGGGCUUCUUUUCGCCCGGACGGAGGCUCGGGGGCUCGGGUGGGCUGUCGCAUGAUGUACCGGAGCAUGUUAAGCGGCUGAGGGCUGUUGAGGCGAGGCGGGGGAUGCAGGGCGUGUCUGGUGUAGGUGGAGGGGCGAGGUUAGGUGGAGGGAGUUUGGCGGGUAUUGGACUCUCGCCGAAGGAGGCCGCCGCACUUGCAGCGACAAUGCGCGCAGAAGACGCGACGCACUGCGGCACCGGCGACCGCGCGCGCGAGGACGCCGAGAUGGAGCGGGCGCUCCGGGAGAGCGUUAGGACGGCGGCUGACGUGGUUAGGGAGCAGGAGGAGAUUGAGCGGGCUAUUAGGGAGAGCGCACGGAUGGUUGGCUCCAGUUCAAGGCUACCACCGCCCGUGAACCUGGAGACGCGUCCGAGCGCGAGGCCGGCGACGACGUGGGCGUGUGCGGUUUGCACGCUUGUUAAUCCCGUUACGGCGAAGGCUUGCGAUGCGUGCGAGACGCCGCGACCGACAGUCAAGCCGACAUCGACGCGCUCUGCACCUGCGCGGACUGCGCCGUAUCCUCCUCUAUCGCAUUCAAGACCGCCAGAGCCGAAGGGGUGGGACUGUAGCGCGUGCGGGGAGAAGGGCAUGCCGCAUGAGUUCUGGACGUGCAGCUUUUGUGGGGUCGUGAAGGGGGAUAGCAGUGUGCGGUAUUGA